UGAAAACCUCCUGUGGGCCGCCAGCGGUCACAGAGCUAUACCCGGGCACAGGCUCUGACCACAUCUGUGGCUUUCAAAGCUGUCCUUGCCUGCCAGUGAGAAGGAGGGAGGGAAGAGCAGGAAGGAGGGGAGGGAAGGAGGAAGAGAGAGAGGGAGGGAAGGAGACUGUAUUUGGCACCUGCCUCCAGAGAGGACAACCGUCAAUGCGGGGGAGCUUCACAAUGUCCUCAGCAACUUCCAGAGCCUCUUUACCCAGCGGCCUGGCCGUCUUCACUACUUUUCCAGAUGUUCUCUUCAUCCCUGAAAUGAUCUUUGGGGGCCUUGUCUGGAUCCUCAUUGCUUCCUCGAGGGUCCCAUAUGCUGAACUGCAGGGCUGGGUGAUGUUUGUCUCCGUGUUCUGCUUUGUCUUGACUGCUUUACUCCUGUUCCUCUACAUAUGUGGGGCGCAUGGGGACAGCAGCUCCUGGGUCACCUUGGAUGUCAUCUGCCAGCAGACAGCGGCUCUGCUCUACUUCAGUGCUUCUGUGUUGGAAGCCAUCGCUACCUCUAUCACACCUUUAAGUCUGCUCUGGUAUCGGGAGAAUAUUUCUGCCUCGGUAUUUGCAUUCGUAGCUACUCUGUUGUACGUGAUCCAUAUUAUAUACUCUCUCCGCCGAUGGAAAUCAUCCUAAUGGUCUGUCACUGCAUGUUGUGCCUUGUGGUAACCCUACAAACACAGAAGUUAUCCAUCGACCGCAAUCUCCAGGCUGGGAUUAGGGGUUUGGUUUUCAAUGUAUAUACUAUAAACAAGAAGCUUUUUAUGCAGAACCAUGGCAAUGAAGGCCAAGAGCCUGUCAGAGAAACCUGUCUGCUGACACAAUCUAUUUUUCUUCAGUCUCCUGGUUGGACACAGCUUGAUGCUGGUAUCUGGGGCCUCAGCAGAAAACCCAGCUUAAAUUAGAACCAUACAGUUGGAUUUAAAACAUCAAAAUCACCCUGAACCCUUAUGCACCCCUGUGUCUCCACAGUCUUAACUGCUGUCAGAGGAAGCCUGAGCAAGUGGCACUAAGGAGCAUGAGAAUGAAACCUGGUCAUUUUGGUUGACAUGCACCUGUGUGAGCUUCUUUGCCCCCCUCAUUUGCUGCGCCAAAGGAAUUUUCCAUGCCAUUUCUGAAAACGCCACUUGUGAGAAGGAGUGAAGGCAAUAUUUCAUUUGCCUCGGGGGCAAUGAACAACAUUCAUUCAUUGCAACACCUGAAAGGUACGGCUGAAUUAGAGGCACAACUGUAACCCCAGGAAUUACUGCUGCCAUGAAUUCCCCCAUGAAACACAACAAAGAAAACGUACCACAGAUACUACAGCAGAAUUAUAUGGAGAAUUAGAAUCACGUCUCAGAUAAGCAGAAGCAGUCAGCUCUUGUCUUCAGCAUGAGACUGUUCUCACAUACACUGCCACUGUGUCACUAAUAAAGAUGGAUUUCCUAUGAUUUUGCAACCAGA